ACUGAGGCCACGUGAAUGCAAACGUGUUGAGACAUAAAGGUGUAACAAGACCAUGGCGAGACUGUGGUGGUGGUGCUGGUGGUGGUGGUGUCAAAUGGUGUUGUUUAAAAAAGUCUUCCCUGAAAGUGAAGAUUUGCGGUUCCCUGUUUUCUUCAAGGCAUUUACUCUCCGUUUUCUUCUCAUCCCUACUUGUGUUGUAUCUUCCUCUCCUCCUCCUCUUCCUCCUCCUCCUCCUCUCCCGUUUUCUGUUUUAGUUUCCAGUCAUAUUCCUCGUACAGCUAUUUCACUUUUUCCUCCUCCUCCUCUUCCUCCUCCUCCUCCUCCUCCUCCUCCUCCUCCUACUACUACUACUACUACUACUACUACUACUACUACUACUACUGCUUCUCCCCCACCACUUCUAAGCCCACACAAACACACGAGAACAAGAAGAGAACAUGUUUUUUCCUACGUAGCAUAUGACUCCCACGCUAACCAGGUCACUGAACACUACUGCCCUCCUUCAGCGCCUCCGUCACGUCGUUUCUCCGUGUUUGGCUUCCUGGGCAUGAUCGUGUCCCUGGCAGCCACCACAGCGAACAUUCUCAACGCCAUCAAUAACAAUAACAAUAACAAUAAUAAUAAUGAUAAUAACGAUAACAAUAAUAAUAACAAUGAUCUGAAUGGUAAUGAAGGUGGUGGUGGUGGUGAUGGUGGUGGUGGUAUGGAGGAGCCGCCCAUGAUGGUUCAGGCGCCGGUCAGAGUGAACAGAGUGAGUCAACAGAAUGCGCAGGGUGAUUUGGGGAUAGAGGGCAUGCCUGUUCUUGGUUCCCCAGUGUCGUUUCGCUCCCUGUUCUCUCGUCACGGUCCCCUGGCUAAGGUAAAUGUCUUCACUACCUCUGACAUGAACAAUUCUGAUUCAUCUUCUGACCCAAACACUAUUUCAGACCGUUCCUUUACCGCCACACGCCGCCGCCACCGCUUCCCUAACUCAAACAGCAUCUUAAACACUACUUCUACUAAGCACACUUCGCCUAUCAAACCAGACAGUGCGCUAAAUCGUUCUUCUAUCACCACACACAGUCGCCACCACUUCCCUAACUCAAACAGCAUCUUAAACACUACUUCUACUAUGCACACUUCGCCCACCAAAUCGGACACCAGUUUAAAUCGUUCUUCUAUCACCACAAACCAUCACCAACACUCUAUCCCUCUAGCUAACCCAAAUAUCUUCCAUUUUUCUUCACCUACUAACCCAAACACUACUUUAAACCCUUCCUCCGUUACCAUGCACCAACAAGAAGCUUCAAUCAACACCUCAACCCCAUCAAACACUCCCUUCAACACCACACACCAUAACCACCCCGCUAUUCUUAACUCAAACACCCUGAGCCGUAUAGCAAUCAUCUCACACCACGACCACAACUACGACCUCUCAGUCUUACCUCCCAUCAAGAGUACUGUCACCGCUAGAACGGACACAAAGCAGCUGGAGGGAGAUGGAGAUGGUAAAACAAGGCGCAUCAGUCACGUCUUAACGCUUCAACGCUAUCCAACCUCUUCAAAUAGUAGUGAGAACGGUGCUUAUGUUGCGCAUCACAGCCACCGCUCCCCGCGCGCCACACACACUGCUGUAACACUUCUAAUACCACACGGACACACGAAACACGCAGCACAUCGCACUAAACCACACGCAAACUUGAGAAACGAAGGGUAUUAUAGCAUCUUACUCAACGCACACGCAACGCACUCAAACAUAUCGCUCUCAAACACACUUCCGACCACUCCGAACUCAUGUAGCUGCCCAAAGAAGAGGAAGAAGAGGAGGAGUGAAGCAUCCAAUCUUAAUCGAAGUACUGGCAGAAAGAAAACGUGCUUUACCUUACUGAGAGAAAACGGGAUAGAGAAGCCAAUUUUCCACAAGAUCAGCCGUGCGUCGCUGAAAUUACAAGAUUAUGAGAAGAGAAGAGGAGGAGGAGGAGGAGGAGGAGGGUGGAAGAGGCAACUAGGACGUGAGAUGCUUCGAAUAGCGUGUCAAGAGGACGAUUCUCAUUAUUCCUCCUUCAGUGCCUUCGCCAGGAUAGCGACGGCCGUGGUGGGGAGGCGGCUUGUGGGCACCUCCUACCUUGAUCUCCAUGACCUGGCCUCACUCCCCUCUGUCUUCCCUACGUAA